CUAGAUCUCUGGGCCUUCUUCUAGAUUUUUCUAUUCUGAUUUUAUUGGCUUAUGGUUCCUUGUUUGCAAGCAACAGAAAUUAACUUUGGCUAGCACAAACAAAAAGGGGAUGUAUUGGAAGGAUUUGGAAUGGCUUACAGACUGGAAAGAAAAGUUGAUGAGCCAGUCUUCAGAAAGGACUAGAGCCAGAACAGCCUGGGCAUCUUAGGAGCAGGAACCUCUGUGGGGAUGAGUAAGUAUCAUGUAUCACAAAUAUCCAGUUCCUGCUUCUUUCUUUCUGCUCCUUUAUGCUCAAAAUCCAGGAAGAGAGGACCAACUGGUGUGGCUUGGGUCAGGGAGGGGCACCUUGACUGAUAGCCUGUUCAGGCCAAAUUCUGAGCCAGUGGGCUUCUGUUACUCAAAGAGGGGACAGCCGCUGGUCGGGCAGGAACAGGAGAGGCCCUCUGCUCACACAUUCCCAGGAACAACCAUGGGACCAGGAGAAGAGACUUCAACCUAAUACUGCUGCCAGAGUAAAUGUUGUUUGAGGACUUUAAUGUCAGGGGUCUAAGCUUUUUGCUGUUUUUAUGUUGAGGGCUGACCCCACUGAACAUUCUUUAUCAAUGAAUCAUUAUUUGUACAGAAUGUGUUUUUUUGCGGGGGAGCCAUUCCUUUGUCAAGGUUUUCCCCAAGGAUUUCUCUCAGUCUGGCCUGCACACACAGGAGGGUGGGAGGAAUGCCUGUUUGGUAGAGAGCAGCCGAAGGUGAUGUCUGUUACAUAGGCAUCCUUUCCUGUGCCCCGUGUGAGAAAAGUUCCCUCUGGGGAGUGGCCUUUUAGCAAUGCCUAAUAUGGAAGAGGAUUGAGAGUUUAUUACCAGAGCUAGAGGGGCAGUUCUUUGGCUUCUUUGGUUAGACUGGUUAGAGAGAGCCCCACAGUUGUUUGUGAGAUGACUAAAAUUGUAUGUGUGUGUGUGUGCACACAUGCACACGCGGGUGUUGGGACUGAUGUCUCAGGCCUUGCAUAUAGGCAUUCUGAAACUGUUCCCUGGCCACAUAACUGCUACCUUCCCCCAGCAGCCCUAGUGUGCAGAACUAAGUGCUCUUUGUUAAUUGACUUUUCUCCCUUCUGACCAGGUAGCUACAGAUGGUAUCCAUUGUCAGUGCUGUCUAACAUAUGCCAGGCUGAUCCAUGGUCACUUUCCGGGAUGGCAGCAAGGUGACUUCAGCUGAGGAUGACCCUGACUGAAAGGCUGCGUGAGAAGAUAUCUCAGGCCUUCUACAACCAUGGGCUGCUCUGUGCAUCCUACCCGAUCCCCAUCAUCCUCUUCACGGGGUUUUGCAUCUUAGCCUGCUGCUACCCGCUGCUGAAGCUCCCCUUGCCAGGGACAGGACCCGUGGAAUUCACGACUCCCGUGAAGGAUUACUCGCCCCCACCUGCAGACUCUGACCGCAAACAUGGAGAGCCUAAUGAGCAGCCGGAGUGGUAUGUGGGUGCGCCAGUGGCUUAUAUCCAACAGAUAUUUGUGAAGUCCUCUGUGUUUCCCUGGCACAAGAACCUCCUGGCAGUAGAUGUGUUCCGCUCACCUCUGUCCCGGGCAUUCCAGCUGGUGGAAGAGAUCCGGAACCAUGUGCUGAGAGACAGCUCUGGGACCAGGAGCCUGGAGGAGGUGUGCCUGCAGGUAACUGACCUGCUGCCAGGCCUCAGAAAGCUCCGGAACCUACUCCCAGAACAUGGAUGCCUGCUGCUGUCCCCCGGGAACUUCUGGCAGAAUGACCGGGAACGCUUCCAUGCUGAUCCUGACAUCAUCAGGACCAUCCACCAGCAUGAGCCUAAAACCCUGCAGACUUCGACCACGCUCAAAGACCUGCUGUUUGGUGUUCCUGGGAAGUACAGCGGGGUGAGCCUCUACACCAGGAAGAGGAUGGUCUCGUACACCAUUACCCUGGUCUUCCAGCGCUACCAUGCCAAGUUCCUGAGUAGCCUGCGUGCCCGCCUGAUGCUCCUGCAUCCCAGCCCCAACUGCAGCCUUCGGGCGGAGAGCCUGGUCCAUGUGCACUUCAAGGAGGAGAUUGGUAUCGCCGAACUCAUCCCCCUUGUGACCACCUACAUCAUCUUGUUUGCGUACAUCUACUUCUCCACGCGCAAGAUCGACAUGGUCAAGUCCAAGUGGGGGUUGGCCCUGGCUGCCGUGGUCACAGUGCUCAGCUCACUGCUCAUGUCUGUGGGGCUCUGCACGCUCUUCGGCCUGACGCCCACCCUCAAUGGCGGAGAGAUUUUCCCCUACCUUGUGGUGGUUAUUGGGUUAGAGAAUGUAUUGGUGCUCACCAAGUCGGUGGUUUCCACCCCAGUGGACCUCGAGGUGAAACUGCGGAUCGCCCAAGGCCUAAGCAGUGAGAGCUGGUCCAUCAUGAAGAACAUGGCUACGGAGCUAGGCAUCAUCCUCAUUGGCUACUUUACCCUAGUGCCUGCCAUCCAGGAGUUCUGUCUCUUUGCCGUCGUGGGCCUGGUGUCUGACUUCUUCCUUCAGAUGCUGUUUUUCACCACUGUCCUGUCCAUUGACAUUCGCCGGAUGGAGCUAGCGGACCUGAACAAGCGUCUGCCCCCUGAGGCCUGCCUGCCCCCAGCCAAGCCAGUGGGGCGGCCAGCACGCUACGAGAGGCAGCUGGCUGUACGGCCGUCCACACCCCACACCAUCACGCUGCAACCGUCUUCCUUCCGAAACCUGCGGCUCCCCAAGAGGCUGCGUGUCAUCUACUUCCUGGCCCGCACCCGCCUGGCACAGCGCCUCAUCAUGGCUGGCACUGUUGUCUGGAUCGGCAUCCUGGUAUACACAGACCCAGCAGGGCUGCGCACCUACCUCGCUGCCCAGGUGACGGAGCAGAGCCCACUGGGUGAGGGUGCCCUGGCUCCUCUGCCCGUGCCUAGUGGUGUGCUGCCUGCCAGCCACCCGGACCCUGCCUUCUCCAUCUUCCCACCUGACGCCCCUAAACUACCUGAGAACCAGACGUCGCCAGGCGAGCCUCCUGAGCACUGGGGUCUGGCAGAGGGAGUCCACGACAGCCCAGUCCCGGAGGUAACCUGGGGGCCUGAGGAUGAGGAACUUUGGAGGAAAUUGUCCUUCCGCCACUGGCCAACACUCUUCAGCUACUACAAUAUCACACUGGCCAAGAGGUACAUCAGCCUGCUGCCUGUCAUCCCGGUCACGCUCCGCCUGAACCCGAGAGAGGCCCUGGAGGGGCGGCACCCUCAGGACCGCCGCAGUGCAUGGCCCCCGCCUGGGCCGGGGCCCGAUGAGCGCUGGGAGGCUGGGCCCAAGGGCCCAGGUGGGGCGCAGGCGCACGGAGACGUCACGCUGUACAAGGUGGCAGCGCUUGGCCUGGCCGCGGGCAUCGUGCUUGUGCUGCUGCUGCUCUGCCUCUACCGCGUCCUCUGCCCGCGCAACUACGGGCAGCCCGGUGGUGUAUCUGGCCGGCGGAGGCGCGGGGACUUGCCCUGUGACGACUACGGCUACACGCCGCCCGAGACGGAGAUCGUGCCGCUGGUGCUGCGUGGGCACCUCAUGGACAUCGAGUGUCUGGCCAGCGACGGCAUGCUGCUGGUGAGCUGCUGCCUGGCGGGCCACGUGUGUGUGUGGGACGCGCAGACCGGGGACUGUCUCACCCGUAUCCCGCGCCCACGCAGGCAGCGCCGGGACAGUGGUGUUGGCAGUGUGUUUGAGGCUCAGGAGAGCUGGGAACGGCUGUCGGACAAUGGGAAGGCUGGCCCAGAGGAGCCUGGGGACAGCCCUCUGCUGCGACACCGUCCUCGGGGCCCUCUGCCACCUUCCCUCUUCCGGGACCAGCCAGACCUCUCCUGCUUAAUCGACACCAACUUCUCAACGCAGCUAUCACCCUCAGAGCCAGCUCAGCCGGAGCCCCGGCACCGGGCCGGCUGCAGCCACGCUGCUCAGAACUCCCCAGGCUAUGAUUUCAGCCGCCUGGUGCAGCGGGUGUACCAGGAGGAGGGGCUGGCUGCCACCCACACGCCAGCCCUGCGCCCACCCUCGCCUGUGCCACCGCUGCCCCAGGUCCUUGAUGAAGGCAGCUCUCCGGAGAAGGGCUCCCCUUCCCUUGCCUGGGCCCCCAGCGCGGAUGGUUCCAUCUGGAGCUUAGAACUGCAGGGCAACCUCAUUGUGGUGGGACGGAGCAGUGGCCGGCUGGAGGUAUGGGACGCCAUCGAGGGUGUGCUAUGCUGCAGCAGCGAGGAAGUCUCCUCAGGCAUCACAGCCCUUGUCUUCCUGGACAAAAGGAUUGUGGCCGCGCGGCUCAACGGUUCCCUUGAUUUCUUCUCCUUGGAGACCCAUACUGCCCUUAGUCCCCUGCAGUUUAGAGGGACCCCAGGCCGGGGCAGUUCCCCCGCAUCUCCUAUGUACAGCAGUAGUGACACGGUGGCCUGUCACCUGACCCACACAGUACCCUGUGCACACCAAAAACCCAUCACAGCCCUGAAAGCUGCUGCUGGGCGCCUAGUGACUGGGAGUCAAGACCACACACUGAGAGUGUUCCGUCUGGAGGACUCAUGCUGCCUCUUCACCCUGCAGGGCCACUCAGGGGCCAUCACGACUGUGUACAUUGACCAGACCAUGGUGCUGGCCAGUGGAGGACAAGAUGGGGCCAUAUGCCUGUGGGAUGUGCUGACCGGCAGCCGGGUCAGCCACAUGUUUGCUCACCGUGGGGAUGUCACCUCCCUCACCUGUACCACCUCCUGCGUCAUCAGCAGUGGCCUGGAUGACCUCAUCAGCAUCUGGGACCGCAGCACGGGCAUCAAAUUUUACUCCAUUCAGCAGGACCUUGGCUGUGGUGCGAGCUUGGGUGUCAUCUCAGACAACCUACUGGUGACCGGUGGCCAGGGCUGUGUCUCCUUCUGGGACCUAAACUAUGGGGACCUGUUACAGACAGUCUACUUGGGGAAGAACAGUGAGGCCCAGCCUGCCCGCCAGAUCCUGGUGCUGGACAAUGCUGCCAUUGUCUGCAACUUUGGCAGUGAGCUCAGCCUGGUGUAUGUGCCCUCCGUGCUGGAGAAGCUGGACUGAGGGCGGGCAGCAGCUGAGAUGCCCUUGGCUGUCUGCAUGGCAGGGGCUGUGUGGGGCCAAUGCACUGGACCUAGAGUCGGGGGAAGGAGCCAAGUGUCUUCUGGCAGCUGCUUCUGAACUGUCCUCCCUUCUGACUGUAAUAAUAUUAAAAAAAAGUUUUUUUUAAAUCA